AUGAAACUGUUUGGUGCUCUCCCUUUUGCAGAGCUUAGCCGGAAUUGUGGCUGUCUUGAUGAUCUGUAUGCAGUGGCAACGGACCCUGUGUCGGGAAGCCAUCUCAGUGUACAUCUGCUCGACAGCACCGUUCAAAGUCGUGUCACGAUACUCCUUGUACAUGUUGUGGUAGCCCGUUCGGCUCUGAAUUGCAGCAAAAACAACAACUAUACAUCCAGAUUAGUAGAUUCACUUUCAAGGAACAUUACUGAAUCCAAUUUCAUUCACAAGCUGAUAGCAAGCACAAAAGAAAGCGGCAGUACAUGUACGAACUGCAGUGCAUCACAAAAUACAAAGCAACAAGACUAA